CACCGACCGCGUUACGCGCACACCGUCGUCGUCCCGCCGUCAAAUCAGCCGCGGCAGAGCUCUCUCAGUGUCGGUUCGUCGGUCAUACGCAAUAUACGACGCACGCACCGCGGUCGUCGGCUGUUUUUAACAACACCAUCAACAAUAAUAAUAACCAAUCGUAAUAAUAAUAUUGCAAUCGUCGUGUUUUACUCGUUCUGUUUGAAUUAUUAUUAUAAUAAUAUCGUACGCGCAUAAUUAUAUUUUAUACCGAUCGUUCGACGGGAGAUCUGAAAACUUAGCGACGCUCGUUCGGGGUGUGUCUACGCUUUUCUGUCACUGCCGCGGCACAUUUGUGCGAUAUUAUAUAUUAUAGGCGUCUGUUAUUAAUUCUGUUUCGGCCCGUUGAUCAGCUGACGAAAACCGCGACGUUUCGGUACCCCCGCAGCCGAGUCGUCCGCGCGUCAUACCAUCACGCGGGUGUAUAAUACACACUCGUCGCGACCUUCGCGAGUAAUGCGCACUGCAGCAGACCCGGAGCCGACGACGUGGUGAUAUACCGGACGACAGCCCGCCCGCCGACCGACGGCAUCGUCGUAACCGUUUGCGCGACUACGUGCCUACGCCUUCAUAUAUGCACCUAGAUUACGUCCGCGGAAAACGCAACUCCGCACGACGAUCCCGUUGACCGCCGAGGUCCAUGCGACCCUCUUGCACGCACCUCCCCGAACGUCCACGACUGUCCGCAGUACGACAAGGAUCUCACUGAAAUGAGACGGCUCAAAAUUAUAUUCAUUUGUAAGCUGACAAUAUGUUUACUGACAUGGUCCGUAUUUGUAGCGGAGUUAGAUGCGCUACGAGGUUCUGCUGUUGUACUUCAAGCAAGAGCGAAAGCGGACAAAAAAAAUUCGGACCCGGAUGAAGCUAUCGACGUGGACGAAAAUGGGGAACAAGUCGAGUUGAACGUGACUACGACCACCAAACCCACGUUGACAGGCAUACCGCAGAUCGACUAUGUGCACGAUCCAAACUUGCCCCGGGAGCUAAACGGUUACAACUUGACGGACUAUCCGUUCCUAAACUCGGUACCCGAGGAGAUCGAAUUCAAAUGCGACGGAUUGCACGAUGGUUUUUAUGCGAGCAUUCCCCACAAAUGUCAGCUCUACCAUCACUGUCUGUUCGGCACGAGGUUUGACUUCCUGUGCGCCAAUUACACAGCUUUCGAUCAAAAGACGUUCAUUUGCCAUUUUGUGUCCCAGGUGGACUGCCCAAACUCGGCCAAGUACUUUAGCAGAAAUGAUGCGCUGUAUAAAGCCGCCGAAACGACAACGCUGCCGACCACCACCACGUCCACGACAGCCGCGCCUCAGCAACCACAGCAGCAGCAACAACAGCAACAACAACUACAACCACAACAACAACAACAACAACAACAACAACCGUUCUAUCCGCAAUAUCAACAGCAGCAGAUGCCGUACGAAGGGCGCAGGGCCAUGCCACCAGGUUACGCUCAGGGCCGGAAGCGCAGGCCCACUUAUCGGAGGCGUAGACCUGUGUACGAGUAUUAUUACGUAGAUGACUACGACGACCAGCAGGAGUACUACGACGACAGCGUCGAGCACAUGCCGGUGGCCAAAAAACCCAUAAGAAAACAUUCUCGGUUCAACAAUUACAAACAGGCCGACCUAGAAGCCGAUUACCAGGAAAGCAGUUUGGAAUCGGACGCGCCGCCGAGUGGUAACUUUAAACAGCACAGGGGACAACAGCACGCGCCACAGCAGCAGCAGCAACAACAGCAACAGCAACAACAACAACAACAGCAGCAGCCACGGCAACAGCAACAACCAUCGUCGGCCACCGCAGUUACGAAGAACGUGUCCAAUCAGAUAUCUUCGGUAUACGACAAGCCCAGGGCCCCGCCCAAGAUCCGCCGCCCGGUGCCCAUCAACGAACGGGAUCGAUACGAUUACACGUCCGUUUCCAAGUCUGGCCUACAACCCGGUCCGUCGGCGGCCGCCGCUCCCGCGUCCACCACCGCGGCCACCAGCACCACCAGUACCACCACGGAAGCCGCACCGGCCAAGUCAGGGUCCAAGGCCAAAGAGCCGCCACGGCCGGCCGCGACCGAAGAUCCGAUUGAGUAUUACGACGACGACGAGGAAGUGGUGGCCGACGACGAGUACGCGGCGGAACCGGAAGUACCGGCCGCCGUGAAAUCCGCGGUCGCCGCCACCGCCGCCGCAUCGAAGCCCGACCAAGCGGUCAAGCCGGCCAAGGCAGCCGCCGCACGGACGGCCGUCCAGGUGGUCGACUACGACGCGGACCGCGGACGGCGCCCGUCGGUCGCUACGGUCAGGGCCAAUAAGCCGAGCAGCAGGGUGUCGGCGCCCGUCGCGCCGCCGCAGCCACAGCAGUCUGCGGCGCCACGGAAGAGGCCGGCAGCAGAUCGCGCGGCCGACGAUUACGAGGACGAACUGCCGGCCGCGGCCACACGGCAGUCGAUCUCCGCGGCGACCAAGCAACGAGCGUCCGGGCCGUUCUUGAUGCGGCCAUCGAAACCGACGAAAAUCAACCGGUCACAGCCGGCCGAUGUCGACGACGAGGGAGCGGACGAACCGGCGGAGGCGGUCUACCAGCAGGCCAGGCAGCCGCAGCGAGUGAGCGUCAGGCAAGUGAUGGCCGUUUCGCACAACAACAGGCACAGGCCGCAGCAACAGCAACAGCAGGCCGCCGCGACGCAGUACAACAGCAACAAACACGCGGCGAGGGCGACGUCCGCGGCCAACAGGAUGAGGCCCAUGCGGCCCGUCUACGAGUACGCCGACGAAUACUACGACGAAUAAUAAUAUUAAAUUGACCACAACGAUUAUGUAUAAUAAUAUUAAAAUAGUACGCCGUCGUAUGAACGAGUUGGUUAUAAAUUAUGUAUAGGUGAUGUAAUAUUGCGUAGGUGCAGUGGCUCUGCUCGGAGCGGUACAGUUAUAUAUUAUUAUUAUAUUAUGUUAUAUUCUAUAUGAUUAUAUGCUAAUAUGGCGGCGAAUUUUUAGCAAAACGACAACGACGGAAAAAACGUAUUAUUAUUAUGAACUAAGUAUGAUUAUCAUCGUGCGUCGGACACGCGUUAAUAUACAUACCUAUAAUAGACAUAAACGAAAUAUUAUAUUAUUAUUAUAUACCUAUAAGGCUAUAAAUAAAUAAAUAUAUAUAUAUAUAUAUAUAUAUAUAUAUAUAUACACUAUAUACUACGCGAUAAGUAUAUGAUUUUGUGUAAUUAAUAUAUAACAUAAUUUUAUUACUAUA